GUCUGGAUGAUACCUUUGGUCUUUACCGUCUACAUUCUUCUCACCGCAGCCACGAGAGUUUUCGGGUUGGGCGCGCUUUUCUUGUCCGUGGCGGUUUGGGCUCAAGCAAUUUGAGGCUUAAACCACCUUUAGCUUGCGACUGCUUGCGCCAUGUCCGUGAUCGGGGGGCGGACUGUGCCGGAGGGGAAAUUGCAGGGCGCGCUUUUCGAUGUAGAUGGGACGCUGGUCGACACGAUGACGCGAUGGAUCCCAAGCUGGAACGACGCGGGCAAACAGUUCGGCCUGACGAUGUCGGAGGACGACUUCUGGGCCAUGGCUGGGUGGCCGGUGCCCGAGAUGGUCAAGCAGCUGGUCCGCAACCAGAAGGGAGAGGAGGCGACCGACGAGUUCGUGGAGGAGUUCCUGAAGGCGAAGAUGCUGGCGCACAGGGCCCGCGAGGCCCAGGAUGGCACCCCUCCGCCCAUCGCGCCAGUGGUUGAGCUGGCCCGGGCGCACGUGAAGGCGGGAGUGCCCAUCGCGGCCGCGACCUCGGGCCUGCGCGACGCGGUGGAGCACCACCUCGGGGCCAACGGCCUCCUCGAGCUCUUCCCGCCCGAGAGGAUCGUGUGCGCCGCAGACCUGCCGCCCGGGCGCGGGAAGCCGAAGCCGGACAUCUUCCUGAGGGCCGCGGAGCUGCUCGGGGCGGCGCCGGAGCUCUGCGUCGUGUACGAGGACGCGGAGUCGGGGCUCCAGGCCGGCUGGGAGGCCGGCUGCCAGGUGGUCGACGUGCGAGACCUGCCGGGCUACCCGCUGUCGAGGGGCCUCGCGGCGGCCAUGGGGAAGCAGCGCGCGGAGCGGGCCUGGCUGCAGCAGCCGACGGGCUCGGCCGCGGGCCCGGCGGCCCCAGCAGAGCAGCCGCUGGCGGAUGCGGCCCGCGCGGGGCCCGCGUGACGCCUCCUGGCGAAGCGUGCCGGGGCGCCCUGGGGGGGGGGGGGGUCGAGCGCAUGGGCCACCUUUGUCCGCUGCGGAGCGGUCGGUCGGCCAGGGAACCGCUCAGGGAACGCAGCUACCGGGGCAGCGCAUGGCCGAACCCCCCCAAA